CUAAAUUGAAAAAAGAUUUAAAGUCCAGCCACUGAAGUAUUUUAUUGUAUUUGGAGGUGGAGGUCAAAGGUAUAAUUGCUCACCCUCAUUUGGGUGCUGCAUCUCAUGAUGGUGGGACAAGAUAAUAUCCCAUCACUUCCAAGUGAGGCUACAACCUCCCUUUACACAACAUCCGAGGCACCAUUUGGCCCUGGAGUCUCCCUUGUGUCUACUAGGACCAACUCAGCAGUAUUUGAACAGGACCCUGAAGCACCACCUGCUUUGGUGCCCACAUCAGUGCACUUCACUGAAGUCAUAGUCAACUCUUUAAUGUCACUAUACAACAAAAUGGUCUACUCUGCAUCUGAAAAUGGCUCAUGCCAAGCAGACUGUUCUGGUCGAGGAGAAUGUCUGAAUGGAACAUGUUUUUGCUCAGUUCAAUAUGAAGGAGAAACCUGCAAUGAUCCAAAUGUUGCCUACUUUGCCUCUUUUUCUUGCAUCUUUUUCUGCAUUGCCAUAAUUUCCUUGGGUCAGCUAAUAAUGUGCAUACGAGCGGAGUACAAAAGAUUAAAAGCACCCACUCUAAGGAAAGCCUGCUGCAUCACCACUCAGAAAAUGCUCUAUGUCAUCACUUUUGUGGCGGCAGCUCUGCGAGGCGCUUACUUCUCAUCCCCAAGCAAUGCUGAGCUGAUGUUGGCAUCAAGUUUCCUGAGCAGCUUUUACCCUAUGAUCCUGAGUGGAGGAUCACUCAUCGUCUGCUUCUGGGCUGAGGCAUUUCAUCUUAGAAAUGUGAGAUGUGAGCGCCCACGGUUCCUUGGCAAAAGUUUCCUGGGAUUUCUAAUCUUCAACGUCAUCACCUACUCCCUAUUUGCUGCUGAAGUGUUGCUGCAGCGGGGCUCUCCUACUGAAGAAGAGAGGAGUUUCCUGGCGCACGUCUUCAACGGCUGCUACGCUGUGCUCAUGUUCAUCAUGGUGGUCUUCUUCCUGAUCUAUGGCGUGGAAGUCUACUUCAAGGUUCGUGGUGGCUUUGUGAACGAUUCGCUUGUGGUCGGGACCCUUCACUCACGCCAGCCGAGCUCCGCGAAUACCGUCCUGGUCACCACCACCGUCACCACAGACGCCGACGUCGAGGCUAAGUCCACUACCUGCACUGGACUUAGUAAGCAGCCAAAUACAUCUAAUGGAGGCUUCGAGAAGACCUGUGGAAUAAAGAAAGGUUCUGUUACGUCAGCUGAUUGCAUUGAUGCCAGUAGCGAUGAAGCUGCACUGAAAGAGAAAUCUCUUGAACCGCUACUCAAGCACGCCUGCUCAUGCAAAUCAUUGAUGCUCCAAAAGAACGCUAUUGCUGCUGCACCUGAACCCAGCGCUUCUGAUGAACAUGCAGCUGUGUGUCAACAACUGCUUGACAAAACUGUGCGGGUAAGCAGCAGCCCCGGAGAGGAAGAUAGCAGGGGCCGAGGUAUCGACUACUCGCAGCUAAGCCAGUCGAGGUUCGGGCUCGUCUUCCAGGCGUGCAUGCUGAUGAUCACCGUGUGCUUCCUCUUCUCUGACGUGCUCGGCGGCUUCUGGAAGAACAGGGUGCCGCUCAUGUCCCGCAACGCGUACGACAUUCUGUUCCGUGUGGUGGAGCUGGGCGUGGCGCUCUGGUUUCCGUGUGUUCUCUGGAACUGCAUCGCCCCUGAACAGCUCUGGAUACUCAAUCCUAGCAAGAUACUCAAAAAGAUCGAUAUUGACAAGAGUGUUGAGGUCACUGACCAUCAUGACGCUGGCGACAUCAAAGAAGAAGACGACACCAGCGUGACGGAGAGCAGCAAGCGCGAGUGCUGGAUCUGCUACGACACGGACGCUAACACCGUCACGGGGCCCAUGAUAGAGCCUUGCUUGUGUCGUGGCGACGUGGCCGCCGUACACCAUAACUGCCUGCGCAAGUGGCUUAUGGAGUGCGUGCAGAACAACAACAUGGAGCAGCUUGCCUGCAAGGUAUGCCAGGCGGAGUACGAGCUGGAGCGCUCGCCGAACUGGUGGAUCGGGCAAGGCUUCACGUCUCGCCACUGGCUGCACACGGCGUCGCUGGUGACUGUCAUGUGCGCUACCAUCGCUGGGGCGUGGACCCUCCUGCAGGUCUACCAGGACGGCCUCAUCCGCUCCCUCACUGCCGGCGUCAUGCUCAUCAUCAUCUACGUGUGUCUCAGGUUCCUGGGCUUCAACACGUUCACGGCGUACCAGCGUGCGCGGUAUUCUGCUGUCAAGAUCUUGAAUCGCCACUUCAGCGGCCCCGCUGCUGUGACAGCGAGCAGCAGCGCCGUGUCUUCAUCUCCUUCACACUCCAUGUCCUCAGUGUGCACUGAUCUCAGUGAGCUCAGUGAUAACUACGUCGCCACUAUCUCUGGGUCGCUGGCUUUCUCAGGCCAACCCGUGGCAGCUGCGUCUUCUGGUCAGGUUACACUCGACAUUUCCGCAAAUGUGGUGCACGCCUGAACUCGAACUUGUCAAGCCAAUUGAGAAGUGGGACUUAGUUGCAAGUGCAUUUUAUUUGUGUCGAGUCUGUCACUCACUGUAGCAUUUCAAUAAUAUCUUUUACCUGCCAUUUACCUAUAAAAAUGCAAAUUCCAGCUCUGAAAGUCAUCCUGUAGCCGUUUGCCAGUGAUGGCACUAAAACCUCAAAUGAUAUGAAGGCCGACAAGUUCUCAAGCAGACACGUCAGGUUAAUCAGAACUUUAAGAAUUUAGUAUCAGUGUUACACUUGCAAGGAUUCUGCUGCCGAGUUAUCACUAUGAGUUAUCACUCGGUAUUGCGAGUUUUCACUCGGUAUUACCGAGUUAUCGCUCGGUAUUACGCCGAGUUAUCACUAUGACCUGAACAGACGCCCUCUGAACUUUCAGUUCUAAUGACGUGUUCCCACGUCAUUAAUCAGUUCUAAUGACGUGACUCCUCUGGAGCCUCUCCGAGUAAUAAUAAAAAUACAAAUCACAAACUGUACCCUCUAUCUUUUAUUGGUGGUGAAAUUUGUUAGCCACUGGGAAAAUCUGUGAUUCUAAAAGGGUCGGUUAUUAGCACUUAGUGUUCUUAAUUUAAUAACGGUAAGGUAUGCAUAGUGUUCGGCCCGUUAUUAAUGAAGUGUUACAAGCCCCUGUUAUUUUCGAACUGUCAGGAGGUGAAUCAACGGAGCACGUGAUCCUUAUGACUAAUAAAAAUCUAAUUAAAUUGUUGAACAAGUAAUUGCUUUUGGUAGAUUUUUGACAUUCUCACAUUGAGAAGAUACACGAGACUAUACAUUAUUCAUUGCCAUGUACUCCCACUCAUCCUAACUAGCCCAAUGUACUGUAGCCGAAGUGUUCGCCACCAAUACGAUUGUGGAUGGCAUCCUUGCGUUACGUCUUCAUCUGUACCACUGCCGAGUACUGAUGUCUGAACCUGCAAAUGUUUCUGGGCAAAGUCAAUGUUCACUCUUUAACGUAUGAUUCUUUUUACUUCCUUAGUUGUACUAUUUACCAAUUUAACGAAAGUAAGCCAAAAUCUAAACUUAUCAAUUAAUUAGUGUAACUGUACGUAGUUGUUUUCGUUUUGUGAAAUUUUACCUUUUAUAUUGUUUUUUGGUAUUUCGUUGUCUGAUCAUGACAGUUCUUAGUUGGCCGCCACUUAAUGUGUGAUGUGGGCGCUACUUAUAAAAAAAUCUUAGUUAUAUGUAACUAUUGGCCGGCUUGCUUGAUUCAAGCCUGACUUUUGAUUUUACGGUGAUUAAGUUAUUGAUUUGCAAGUCAUUGGAAUAUUGGCUCCAUAGGUCAUUUAAGUCCUUGUGUAAAGACCUGUGAUUAUCGGAGUUCUAUCAUAUAUUAUUUUGUCGCGUCGUUAGAAGACGUCUAUUUUGUGGGAAAAAGAAGUUGCUUUUUGUUGACCUCGCGUCUUUGAAUGUAGUACGCCCCUUUUACCAAUCUCCCAUGUAGCGUUGUUUUGAACCCUUCAAUGAUGCACGUUUAUUUGACCUUUCUCCCAAGCGGCGGUUAUGUUAACUAUGAAUGAUGUACGUUUUUUUGAUCCGUCUUUUAUAUACCGUUAUUUUCGUGCAUUGGAAACCUUCAGACAACAAAAAACCAACAAACGAUUAUUUGCAAAUGACGUCACGUCUAUCAUUGAAGUCAUAAUUAUUCUUUCUAUCCUCACUAAUGCGCGCUCCAUAUCCGUCCAUGUGUUGCUUUCAGCCUCUGGUGUUUCCCAUGUAUCAGCUUUCUUUGCUUCAUGUCUUUAGCUCGAAUUUCUAAUAGUCCUUUCGGUUCCUGUCUUUUAUGUUUCGGAAUUAUUCAACUUCUUUUUCGUAACGUUCAUUUUCAGACUGUUGACUUCGCUCUAUCAUUUUCCCAAAAGUUUUCAUGCAUGACGCAUUGUAACAGCUGUAAUAAUAGGUAGUUUUCGUGUUCAUGGUAGAAUGUUUUUAUUACUGCCUGUUCCAGAGAGCUUCAAGCUACAACUUCUCCAAUUUAUUAUCCAUUCCUUGACAUGGAUUUACUAAAUCUCUAGCUAUGUGGCUGGUAAUGGUUAUUAUUUUGAUUUUUGUAAUUCUUUAGUUGAAGUUUCCAUUAUCGGACUUAUUUAAUGUCCUACAGAGUUGGCCACUAUUUUGCGUAUAAUCUUACUAGGUAUUUCUCAGUGUUCACUAUAUUCAUAUUAUCGCGUCCUCACUCCUAUAUCGCGUUGUGCUGCCUAUGCUGACCUAUUGUUUAUUCCUUGUGCUUUUUGACUCCAUCUGUGUCUUGCGAUCAUACCGCGUUGAGGCCAAAUCGACUGCAUUGGAGAUCCCUGGCUUUGAAUCAUAAGUUGAACUUCUGACCUAUUCGUGCAUUGCAUUUUUCAUCUACGCUCUGUAAUAAUGAUGUCAAUUUUUGUGUGAUGCGUUAACAUAUUUUCUAGGGUUACUUGUUCUCUUUAGACUGCACCCUAAUUUCUCUAUUAGCUUUCGGGCAUUUCUCACUGUAUGUGUGUGGGUAUGUUUUAAACAUUAUCGGUAUUUUUUUUUUCUUCAUUGAUACCCUGUUAUUUUUCUCUGUAAAUGGAGCAGUUACCAUUCCAUCUCGAGUUCUACUCUUUGACUGCCAUUCAAGUUUGAUUGUAUUGCAAUGUUGCUGGUCUCCAGAACCAUGCAUAUGUCGAAAAUGUUCUUGUAAUUGAUGCUACUUGCUUAAAGUCUCUGUAGCAUUGCUUGUCAACAUCCGCGUGAAGAAUUGAGCUGCCUGCUCGAUGAUCAGCAUCACCGAAUUAACUCUAUCUUCGUUGUCGUAAUCUGCUAUUGUCGGGCCCACGAGGUCGUUUUAGACCCCAUGAUGAAGUCAAAAUAAUUGACGAAAAAGCCUACAACUCGUUCGAGAGUUUGAUCGUAAAUUAAGUAGUCUCGUGCGGCACUCGAGCAGUUAGCUCUUCACUGUCCAAAUAAGUCUAAUUUAUCCAUUUGUUUCGGUACAAUUCUCUUCUGAGCUUUGGAUUAGUCGGGCUGUGGAGGGCUAAGCUCCUGAACUACACAACGCUGUACAAUUGCUUUAUUUUUUCAAUGUAUCCUAAAUCGAAGCUUAGCUUUAUGAUUGGAAGCACAUCGCUACAAUUCGGCUCUGUGAUUUAGUGCAAGAUUAUUUUAUUCGCUUUGUUACGUGGUCUGUGAUUAUCUUAUUGACCGAAUGUAUUACUUGAUACGCAAGUGAUACGAGUGAUUACCCAACCUAGAAAUAGAAACUAUGUAUAAAAUUUGCUAUGGACUAGGUGGUUAGCCUUCCUCUUAUUUAUUCGUGUCGUUUGUAGUUGACCCCGAGAGAAAAUCGUACGUUUUUCUCUGGAAUAUUGUUCCUCUAUUUGAAUCAUAUCCUUCGUGUGUAUUUAUUCGUAUUAAGCUCUUGUAUUGGUUGCUAUGUAGCUCAUGAUUUUGUUCAGUGCCCUAAGCACUGACGGACAGAGUGUCCACCGACCACGGCGGGUGUCCUAGGACGCUAUACCGACCGUUGACCAAAUAAUUGACCAUUUUUUUGGUUGACCCUUGACCAAAAAUGAUUUAUUCAGUUCGCAUUCUCAUAAAGCAUUUUAUGACAAAACGUUUGAUUUGUGUUCAGUGGAGUUAUGAAGAACUUUUAUUCACCUUUUACGUUGUUUUAUAGAGCUAAUAGAGGCUAAUUUAACCAUCAUUGUGACCUCCCGGCUCACGCAUUUACUCACUUAUUCGUUCGAUUAAAAUUCCAAAGUCUGUGUGAAACUUCAAUAAUAUGAAUCUUUCUUGAGAGUGCGUCGAGAAGAAACUUGUUUGCUGAUAUAAACUAAAAUGGUCCGUUAACUUGAAGUGUAGCUGGUCCUGACAUGUCUCAGGACUCUACUUAUGCUUACUCUUCUUAAAUGCUACACUUCUCGUCCGCUGCUAAAGAUCCUCUGAACUUUGCUUGUGUGAAACCAGCAAAAAUAUAAUGUGGCUAGUGCACCAUUCUGUCUUGAAUAAUUAAUCUUCUAUUAUUCCGACACAACCCAGAUAUCCGCUUGCAAUUUCUGUUUUAUUAUUCUACACAGUUUUUUAGAUACGGCAUAUUUUUUGGUGUAUCUUUUUGACUUAGAGGUGAUGUUGCAAGAGUUUUCUUUUUAUGUAUAUUUUGUGGUUCAAAAUAUGAUGCUAUAUUAUAUACCGAUAAGGCCUCUACCAUUGCAUUAGGUCGUUAGGUUUACUUGGAUCGUCCUCACAUGGUAACCAUAGCGUGAAGUCUUUGAAUUGUAAGCGAUUUGCCUUCCCAAUGAUUUACGUGAUUCAGCUAUUUCGUGAUCGAUAUUUUCAAUUCAUACGAUAACGAAAAUAAAUCAUGCCUUCUCAGUUACUGAAGUGAACACCAAUAACAACUUAUGCUAGAAAACAUUUAGAUCUACCAGCGAUGCUAGACCAAUGAGCUUACCGAUGUGACAAGAAAGUUAUAAUCUCCACGAGGUCUACUCACGCAAAGUGGCCUCUUUUUUUUUCCUUCGCACCUCAUCAAUGUCGCCAAAAUCACAACGGGUGUAAAGUUGUGUAGGACUUGCUAAUUUCCUAUCAGUUUUAUGCACAGAUUGGGUUUAUGUGACAAGUAAAGUUUCGAUUAAGUUCUUAGAUGCAUGAAGGCAUCAUCAAAAUUUAUUAUUGAUAUUUGUAAAAAUGACUCGCUAAAAUGCACCACUCUUCGCUGGAGAGGCUGCGCAGUCUUCGACUUAACCGCGCUGUGGGAUGAUCUUCAUGGUCUUUAUGUUACUGUUAGUUAUUCUUGGCUACGUUUGCUAGUUGCGACGCAAUUUACUUAAUCAACACAUUCUCUCAUUUUAUUUUAUCCUUCGUUAUUACUUGUUUCAUCUUGAAGGCCUUUAAAACUUGCUCGGUAAGAUCAGACUUGUUCUCAUGUAUACCUAGCGUAGUUCUAAGCUAGGGUGGUACAUCUGGCACGACUACCACUCGCCCUCGCAGCAUAAGUAUAGCACGCGCUUC